AUGCAAACGCAACAUGCACAGUUGGUGGACGUGUCGUUGACUGCCAAUGAACGAGCGCAAGUGCACCGCGCGCUCGCGCAAUACCUGAACGCGAGCUCAACCGAGCAUGAUGCGCAGGUCGACGCUGCCGUCGUCGACAAUGCAUUGGUCCAAGACGAGGCUUGGGAAGACACGAUGCUUCCGUUCACGCUCGACAUUUGCAUGCUCGUGGUCGGCACCCAGCAGGACGACGCGGAUGCGUUCGUGGCCAUUGGCCAUUGGACUGUCGUUGGCGGGCGAUAA